UUGUGGACUGUGGUUACCUGAUUUUUAUGAACAAUAUUUAUUUGUGUUUGGAAAGAUACAUGUUAUUAGUUUUAUUCAAAUCAAUGGUUCUUUACUUUAUAUGCAGCUGUAAUGGCUAUAUUCGAAAAAUCACUUCACUCCAGAAUUGUUAAGGAUGACACUGAUAAGUUAUUAUGUGUAUUAGAAAAUGCCCUAAGUAUAAGUAAACACAUUGAAUAUGUGUUACGAGUGCAACGAGGUCCAUGUAAAGAUAAUAAAUGGUCAGUGUCGCGGCGAUAUAGUGACUUUGCUGCGCUCCAUACUUGUCUUCAGCAGGCAAAUAUUGAUCUUCCCCUGCCGCCUAAGAAGUUGUUAGGGAACAUGCAGCCUUCGUUUGUGGCUGAACGACAAAUAGCCUUGCAGAGGUACAUAGAUGAAGUAUUAAGGCACCAUAUACUAUCAUUAUCAUUACCAGUGAGGUGCUUUUUGGAUCCCAGUAACUAUUCAAUGGAUAUUGUAGAACAGUCACUUCAAAUUGUAUCAAUAGCAUUGAGGGGUGACGGGCAGUAUGAACUGAAAGGACCUUUACCAAAUAUUGGCUGGAGAAUACAUAAAAGCUAUUUUUCAGUGAUUGACUCCAUUAGUAAAGAGAAUUGUUUAUUGGAAUGGCAAAGUUAUGGACCAGAUAAGUAUUUGCAUGACAAAGACUUGCAGAUAGCCUUAAAGAGUCUACAAAGUAUAUCACAUCCAUAUAUAGACGACAUAUUGGCAGUACAUGCAUUAGAAACGGGGGCUUAUGUUAUCAGACGAAUACAUGAAAACGGGACAAUAAGAGAUCUGUUAUAUGACACAGAUUACAAGAAGAGUUAUCUCGCCAAGUAUGGCAACCCGAAAAUAAGAAAACCGUUCACAAUGGGACAGAUCGCGCUUUACGGAUAUCAAAUACUACACGCAUUGAAAUUUUUACAUGAGAAAGGGUUGCCGCAUGGUCACAUCCAUGCUGGGAACAUCGCCAUAGAAAACCAAAGAGUAUUGUUGCUGGACAUUGAGAACGUCCUGGUGGGCGUUCCUUGCGUAUACCGACCAUACCUGCUGGAGCUGAAGCGCACGCACACAGCGGAGGCUGUUGACGUGUACUGCUUCGGGCGGACUCUCUACGAGAUGGCAUACGCCGACACCUUAGAAACCUGUUCCUUAGACAGGUUUUCUGAGGGGGUCUCUAAUGAGCUGGAAUCAGUCCUUCAUUUGUGCUUGUCAAGUACAUCAUGCAAGCAUGGUGGUACUACCAUUGACGACUUGCUUCAUCACCGUUUCUUCACGAGAGCCACUCUGAAUGGCCUCACCCCGCACAGCGACGAGAGAGGACAUCUUAAGAUACCCCUUGGUGUCAAGGAGCAGAUCCGGCAAGUGAUCAUAGGCACGGAGACGAGACUUAAAAAUGAUCAGAAAUUGGUGCGGAAUGCGAGAAGAGAAAUAAGAAUACAAGAGAUACUAGGCUCUGACGAGGAGAUGAAGAAGCAGAGAAGGAAAUUGCGGAAACGCGAGAGCGUGUGGCGCUCCAUGUCCUCCCUAGCGGAGACCGUGCGCUCUCACUCCAGUGUGCCUUCUACUCCUACGCCGCUCGAGCGAUGUGCGAGCGAGGCAUCCCCCCAGCCCGCCAGUAACGUCACUAGUGCGGGGCGGGGCGCGCUGCUGCACGCAAUAUGCUCUUUCGAUAAAAGUAGGCUCGCACGGAUCGAGUCACGAUGACGGAACAACACUAUUACCUAUUGUUAUUACUUGAAGCUGAUUUAAGUGGAAUCGAUUUUUUAAUGCAACUGUGUUAUAUUUUGAUUAUUCUCCUAUUUUUGUAACCUUGCCAACAGGAAGAAGACCAAAAUAGGUGAUUGGUUUGUUUUAAGAUCGACUAAGGCCGACUGUGAUAAUUCUUCGUUGAUUGAACUUCACUGUUAUUCGAUCAUUAACUGUAACACCCAAAUAAAUUUUGUGUUAUUUACCGGUUUGAAUUGUGUCGGUAAAUAUAAGGGGCGCAUAUAUUUUAUUUUAUUCUGGCUUCUCAUAUAAUAUAAGCUAACGAAUUAAAGAGAAAUAAUAUGUAUGAGAGUAAAUGAGAAGCAGAUCUUAUGUGUUGUCCACAUAAGAUCUGCUUCUCAUUAAGGUGACGGCUUAAGAGUGACGAGCACAGUGAGCAGUGAACGGGGUUGUUUCGUAGUGGUUUACAAAAUAUACUAUCAGUUAUUAUCAUAUACCUUCCGUCACUUAAAAAAUCUGUGAAUCCCAAAUUUACAAGGUCAUUUGUCUAGUACAAAACUAAAUUUUACAUUAAAAAAAAACUAUACAAGUUGGUCAUUGUAAAGUCGCGUAGAUUUAUUUGUAUGUUCGCUUAUUUUCAUGAUUUAAAUCGUAUAUAAAUCCAUCAUUGUGUACAAAUCGUUGAAGAACUGUAUUUGAUUAUAAUGAUUGAGGGUUAUUUUUGUGCGUGACUGUACACAUGCGAAAUCACAGUGCUGUUUUUACAAAGUGCUAAUUAUACAAAAGAUCUUUAAAAUAUAAUAUUAUUUCUGUUAGUUUAAGUUGAAGUGAUAUUUUGACUGGUCCUUUGUUUAUGAUAAAUUUUUCUUUUAAAUCAUUUUAUAAGCUUUAAACAACAGUGUUAAGGACGUAAAUUAUUGAAUAUUAUAGUUUUGUUGUACAUUAUAAGAAAUUAUUCUAAUAUAUCUGAUUAAA